AUGAAGCGGCCACUGAGCCCAUCCCCCACAGGUGAGAAGGAGCCCCCCACAUCUGGAGCUGCUGAAUGCCCCCCUCGGCCCCCGGAGCCACCUAAGCCCAAGCGGGAAAGGAAACGGCCGUCGUACACACUCUGCGACGUCUGCAACAUCCAGCUGAACUCUGCAGCCCAGGCCCAGGUGCACUGCGGGGGGCGGGCCCACCAGAGGCGGCUCCGGCAGCUCAGCUUGGGAAAGACUCCCUCGGGGCCAGCAGGCCCAGCCUCCAGUGCCCCCAGCCCCCUGCUGGCCUCCCUGCCCCUGCCCGCCCGGCCUCUGCAGCCCCCGCUGGACUUCAAGCACUUGCUCGCCUUCCACUUCAAUGGCGCCGCCCCGCUCAGUCUCUUCCCCAACUUCAGCACGAUGGACCCAGUGCAGAAAGCUGUCAUCAGCCACACGUUUGGGGUCCCCUCCCCUCUGAAGAAGAAGCUCUUCAUUUCCUGUAACAUCUGUCACCUGAGGUUCAACUCAGCGGUGGCCAUUGCCAGCGUCCUGCACACAGAAGCCUGCCAGCGCCUGAAGGCAUCCCCGUAUGUGGGGCUGGUGUUGGACGAGACCAGGAACUGGCCCAAGUCCCACAGUCUGGCCCUGUUUGCCACUUCGGUGUCCCCCUGCGAUGGCCAGCCUACCACCACCUUCCUGGGCAGUGUGGAGCUGCAGGAGGGUGAGGCCACUGCUGGCCAACUCCUGGACAUCCUGCAGGCCUUUGGCGUAUCUGCACCCAAGCUGGCCUGGCUCAGCUCAAGCCUCCCCAGUGGCCGCCUGAAGAGUGUAGGCCCCCAGCUGCGGGCCACUUGCCCACUCCUCACGGAGCUGCACUGCCUCCCUGGCCGGACAGACCCCGAGCCCCCUCCCUACCUGGGUGAAUAUGAGAGCAUACUGGAUGCCCUAUUCCGCCUCCAUGGUGGCCCCAGUUCCCAUAUGGUCCCUGAGCUCCGGGCAGCAUUGGACCUUGCAGCUAUUGACUUAGCAGGUCCCCGGCCAGUGCCCUGGGCCUCCUUGCUGCCUGUCAUAGAAGCUGUGGCUGAAGCCUGGCCUUGCCUGGUGCCCACUCUGGAGUCCGCAGCCCCAGCCUCACCUACGGCUGGGGCACUGGCCUUGGCCCUGCGCCAGUUCACCUUUGUGGCCUUCACACACCUGCUGCUGGACGCUCUGCCCUCUGUGCAGAAGCUCGCCCUUGUCCUGCAGCCAGAAGAGCCGGACUUGGGCUUGCUGCAGCCCCUGGUGAUGACGGCUACAGCCUCCCUCCAAGCUCAGCGCAGCUCAGGUGGGGCCCGCCUCCAGGGCUUCCUGCAGGAACUGGCAUCCUCGGACCCUGACACGGGCAGCGGGCGCUGCACCUACCGCGGCGUGGAGCUGCUCGGCUACUCCGAGGCUGCGGUCCGGGGCUUGGAGCAGCUCCGGGGCUCUUUCCUGGACUCCAUGCGGCGGGGGCUGCGGGACUCCUACCCCGGGCCCUCGCUGGACGCCGUGGCCGCGUUCGCGGCGAUCUUCGACCCCCGCCGCUACCCGCCGGCGCCGGAGGAGCUGGGCGCGCACGGCGAGGGCGCGCUGCGGGUGCUGCUGCGCGGCUUCGCGCCCGCCGUGGUGCGCCAGCGGGCGCUGGGCGACUUCGCGCUCUUCAAGCGCGUGGUGUUCAGCCUCGGGCGGCUCGGCCCGAGGGCCCUGUGCGCCCAGCUGGCGUGCGAGCACUCGGAGCUGCACGAGCUCUUCCCCGACUUCGCCGCUCUCGCCGCCUUGGCCUUGGCGCUGCCCGCGGGCGCCGGCCUCCUGGACAAGGUCGGCCGCAGCCGGGAGCUGCGGUGGUGGGGGCAGAGCGGGGCAGGGGAAGGCCGGGGCGGCCACGUGGUGAAGAUUGCAGUGGAUGGGCCCCCGCUGCACGACUUUGACUUUGCACUGGCUGUGGAGUUCUUAGAGACAGGCCCAGCCUCCAGUGCCCCCAGCCCCCUGCUGGCCUCCCUGCCCCUGCCCGCCCGGCCUCUGCAGCCCCCGCUGGACUUCAAGCACUUGCUCGCCUUCCACUUCAAUGGCGCCGCCCCGCUCAGUCUCUUCCCCAACUUCAGCACGAUGGACCCAGUGCAGAAAGCUGUCAUCAGCCACACGUUUGGGGUCCCCUCCCCUCUGAAGAAGAAGCUCUUCAUUUCCUGUAACAUCUGUCACCUGAGGUUCAACUCAGCGAACCAGGCUGAAGCACAUUACAAAGGCCACAAACACGCCAGAAAACUCAAGGCUGUCGAAGCUGCCAAGAGCAAGCAGAGGCCACAAACCCUGGCCCAGGAUGGGGCAGUGGUGUCCCCGAUUCCGACGCUGGCCAGUGGAGGCCCCGGAGAGUCACAGAGCAAAGCAAUUCCUGCAGCUCCUCCUCUCGGCCCUCCACUCCAGCCACCACUGACUCCAGACCCCGCACCCAGGGAGCCAGCCCAUGCAGACCUCUUGGAUGCUGCCUCCUCCUCCUCUUCUUCCUCCUGCCCACCUUGCUCCCCAGAGCCUGGGAGAGAGGCGCCGGGGCCUGACCCGGCGGCGGCUGCUGUGGAAAGCAGUGUGAGUGGGGAAGGCAGGAGUGAGAAGGGGCGCCUCUACUGCCCCACAUGUAAGGUGACCGUGAACUCGGCCUCCCAACUUCAGGCUCACAACACAGGAGCCAAGCACCGGUGGAUGGUGGAAGGUCAGCGAGGGGCUCCCCGCAGGGGCCGGGGCCGCCCGGUGCCCCAGGGAGGGGCUGGACACAAGGCCAAGAGAGUGACAGGGGCCCGGGGUGGCCGGCAGGGGCCCAGCCCCCCUUUCCACUGUGCUCUCUGUCAGCUCCAGGUCAAUUCAGAGACUCAGCUCAAGCAGCACAUGAGCAGCAGGAGGCACAAAGACCGCCUGGCGGGGAAGCCCCCCAAGCCCUCCAGCCAGCACAGCAAGCUGCAGAAGCAUGCAGCCCUGGCCGUGAGUAUCCUCAAGUCUAAACUGGCCUUGCAGAAGCAACUCGCCAAGACGCUGGCAGCUCGCUUCCUACCCAGCCCACUGCCCACCACAGCCACUGCCAUCUGUGCCCUGCCUGGGCCCCUGGCUCUCCGACCUGCCCCCACAGCAGCCACCACCCUAUUUCCAGCUCCGCUCCUGGGCCCAGCUCUGUUUCGCACCCCAGCGGGAGCCGUCCGCCCUGCCACGGGACCCAUCGUCUUUGCCCCAUAUUAG